UUGGCAGUUCUUAUAUUUCCUAUCGUUUUGUCUGUACCACCCGAGUACUUUUAUUCGUCAUUUUUUUUUAAUCCAUCCCCACUACUCUUUGUUCCCUCAAUCUACACGACCUGCAGUUGCAUCUUGGCACUGUGUCACGCUGUUAAUCCGAAAAAAAUUGUUGAAAAGUGGAGUAAAAAAAGUGGUCGAGUUGCUCCGCAAUUCAGGGAGUUGUGGUCACCAUUGAAUAAACUACUGUUGUUUUUGUACGAUUAUAAACAACUGUUGUGACACACCUCUCGAUGACAUUAUAGGUCAAAUAAUUGACAGUAAUUCGGUUUCUCCUCAUCAUCGUCGCAAAAAACAUCUCCCCCCGUUCGUUCAGAUGCGGAAGAAAUGGCCCUUCCUUCGGACACAACUGCAUAAACAGUUUCAUCAGUGAGGAAUAUAUUAUUAAGAGGGAUAGUAACUAUUAAGCGGAAUAGUUUCACUGGUCGUGGGGAUUGAAACAGUUCUAUAAUGUCCUCUGGGAUAUCGUUGGCUCCGGUGAUAUCAGUAAUUACUGAAGACUAGAGCAAUCACUGGAGAGAGGAAUGGCUAAUUUGACAGUUCAGUCAUCGAGCAAAAGCAGUUCUCGCGGCACAUCACCCAGUAGGAAUAAUCCACCGAGUCAUACUCAUCAGCGUCAACCGUCAGCAACGUUUGAGCACGCACCGAAACCAUGUAAUCCCAGCGUGAGUCAGACGGGGGAAGGCAGCACUGGAAGUGGUAGUAGCAGUGGUGGAGGUGGCGUGAUCAAGGGGAACAGGCAGAGAUCACCGGCGGCACAGGUGCGUGCAGGGGAUACUAUGGAGGAGGCCAAUGUCACGGGAAAUGAGAGCGAGGAUUUCGCGUCCAACGUGCAUCCACCGACUGAUGACGAGGGGGAAACGUAUCAUCCGACCCAAUCGUUCUUAUCGAACGGUUCGUCCGAGUUGAUAAGUGAUGAUGUAGACUCCAGUGUUUCACGUGUGAAACAGGCUAUCGAAAAUAUACAGAACAAAAUAACAAAGACGCGGGAGCUCAUAAGGACCGAGCAGAAAACACGAGAUGAAAACGUGAACGAAUACCUGAAGCUUGCGGCGAGCGCCGAUAAGCAGCAGUUGGCGAGGAUUAAAACAGUCUUCGAGAAGAAAAAUCAAAAGUCUGCCCAUAACAUUGCUCAACUGCAGAAGAAACUCGACAGCUACAUGAAGAAAUUGAGGAAUUUCGAGAUGAAUGGACCGCAGGCGAGCCACCGACAGCCGCGAGAGGUGCUUAGGGACAUGGGUCAGGGUUUGAAAAACGUUGGUGGCAACAUCAGAGACGGUAUCACUGGAUUCUCAGGGAGUGUCAUGUCCAAGCCACGAGAAUUCGCCCACCUGAUAAAAAAUAAAUUCGGCAGUGCCGAUAACAUCAACACGCUAUCACUUGACGGUAAUGGCUCAACUUUUUAUGUAAACGAACAACCGCGUGCAGGUAACGGUGACAAUGGUAGUGUCGAGGAGGAGAAAACUCACCACGGAUCGGCCACACUACCAGGUGGUUGUAGUCUGGGAUCCAGUCAGACCCCGGGCCCCAUCAAAUUCCCCUCGGAGGAGGGGUCCGAGUGCUCCAGUGUCACUAGUGAAAGUGGACCUGGCAGCAGGGGGCAGGCACACGCUUGUCACAGUAAUAAUGCUGCCUUCAGUCUGAAGACUAUUUUUGCGGAGCUGCAGGAACAUCGGGAGAACUUUGAGCGGAUGAGGGAAAAGUUGGAUGGAGUGAAGACCCUCCAGCAAGAAGUGACAUACCUCUCAAACGCCCUCCAAGAGGAGAGAUUCAGAUGUGAACGCCUGGAGGAGCAGAUAAACGAUCUGACCGAGCUCCACCAGAACGAAGUGGAAAACCUGAAGCAAACGAUAACCGACAUGGAGGAAAAAGUGCAAUACCAGAGUGAGGAUCGUCUCCGUGACAUUCACGAGAUGCUUGAGAGCUGUCAAACCAAAAUAUGGAAAAUGGAACACCAGCAGCAGCAGCACCAACAAUACGUCACUCUGGAGGGACUGGACAACAGCAACGCUAGGGCUCUCGUUGUUAAGCUCAUCAACGUUGUUUUGACCGUUCUCCAAGUGAUUCUAUUGCUUGUUGCCACUGGCGCGGGUAUCAUGAUGCCAUUCCUCAGGACCAGCUGUACUAAGCCUCAUUGUUUCAUGUGCAGGGUGCGCAUAUUGACGACAACAAUUGUCGUACUGAGCAUCAUAUUCGUCCUGCAACAGUGGCCCGAGGUGCACGACGUCGGAAGCCACCUCAUGCGGCAUCUCAAGCAGACACUAGCUGUGAAGUAGCACUGCAAAUUCCCAUUCAUCAAAUGUUAUUCACACUUUUAGUUGACUUUACCCACCUACUGCCCUCAACGAGACUGAACGAUUCAUCCUACCCCGGGGUAAAAUGAGUCAUUCAAUUCCUCGUUCGUUCAAUUAAUCUCGAAAUGCGUGAGAUUAAUACUCAGGAUGUUUCGGGAUUUUAUGUUCAAUUAAUUGUUCGAUGGCAAAUGCCAGUGGCGUUGCAUCACUCAUGUGAACGCCAUUGCUCGAACAUCAACAGGGCGAAAUGUUGAGAAAUACUUCAGAGCAUGAGGUUUAUUGUUGCAAAUUGUAAUUAUAACGAUUCGAAUUGUCGAAACGGUACGAAACAUGACACGUAGUGGAAAUAAAUCAAAGGCUGAAGAGUUUAAAAGACACUGAUAUAAAAAUAUGUGAAUGCCAAAAUUGUUUAAAUGAUAUUUUGAUAUGGGAGUUGCCACUAGACUUUCGUUCAUUCACCGAAUUUUCAUUUUACUUUCGCCAUUAUUCGUUCACUCAGCUGUUGCACAAAUUUUUUUUUUCCUUUCACGUGAAAUAGUUAUUCUCGUAUCCACCGGUGUAUCGUCAAAUUGCUGUGACUAUUGAUAAGUUUUAACACUAUUAAUUAUAAAUAACGAUAGAUUAAGGAUCAUUAUUUGGGAUCAAGGGUGGCAAUUGUUAGUGGCAAUGAGUAAUGAACUAGAUUACGGACAAAAAAAUUAUUGUUUACAUUAAUUUCACUGGCUCGAUAUCAAAUUACGUUAAGAAUUUAUUGAAAUUUAUUUUGUAUAUGUAUGUGGAGAUUUAAUGUACAUAAAUUAGUGAGAUAUUUCCCUCGUAAUUGCGUCAAUGAAUUCUUCAACUCGCGUAUUAUUCACUAGGAAAAUUGAUAAUUCAUCUGUAAAUAAACUAUUUAGAGUACAAUGACAUUUGGGGGAUAAUUCAGUAGUCUCUAGGAUUGACAAAUAUUUCUAGUAGGCUUUUUAGGAGAAUGGCUUUGUAAAAAUUGAUGUAUUUACAUAGAUGACGAAAUAAUGAUGUUGAUAUACGAUUUUAGCACAAAAUUUGGGAUAAAAUUAAUAUAAUGUCAAAGUUCUUGGUGCUUUCUAUUUGUAAGAUGACGUUCAUUCGUAUGAGAAAUUAGGAUUGAUUGAAUUAGGGGCCCCUGAGCCAUUGGUUUGGAUGAUAAAUUCAGUUCGAGGGGUUAAUGCUCCGUAAAUCCAAGAUUUUAAGGCAAAAGUAAUAUUUUAUGUCUGUGAUGGACGAUUUUUGUACUUUGUUAUGACUAUUAUUUCGACAUUAAACUUAUUCUCACGAUUUUACAGUGUAUUCUCAAAGUCAUUUGACAUUUGAAGUUAUUGAUGAAAAUUUAUGAAAUUUCGUUGAUCACUUCAGGGGCCCCCAGCCCCUAGAAAUUCAUCGCAAAGUGGAAUAGAUGUUUAUGAUUGUCAUUGAUGCCUUGCUGAGUCAAAGGGUGAUAUGUUUCUCCGAGAGAUAACGAGAGAAAUGUGUAUUUCCGUCAAUUGUGAGUUGUAAUGAUUGAGAAUUUCAUUCAUACGCGAUAAUAAUCCAUUGUUUUUUUUUCAGUACGAACAAUAAUACUUGAAAACCCGAAAAUAUGUUUCAAUUUAUUCAUUCUACUAUCAUUCCUUUUUACUGUUCAAUCAUCGAUAAUAAACGAAUGAGUAAAAUUCA